AUUUCCAGCGCAAGUCACUCUGUUGUGUGUGUGUGUGUCUGUGUUUCCCUCAUCACAGUCGCAGCCUCUUCCACUCCCUGAACUCCAUCCUCCGUAUCUCUUCCUCCAAAGGAAACGAGCACACAAAUCACCCUCUGUCUACACCAUUGUCGUCCUCCAUUGGCUUGUCCUCGACCGUACUAUCGACCUUGAGAAGAUCCCUUUGGGGGCUGUCCUCUCAUUUUCCUCCUCUUCGCGCUCUCAUCCCUCACCUCAUACCACUGAUUGGCUCUCUUCGCACCCUCUCGACCAACCACACAACUUCGGUGCGAGACAAGUGAAUCCAAACACCAUCCUACCCUCGUCCUUGUCAUCAGUUCCAACAAUAGCAAUCACAGACAGCCUUGCAUCCCGUUCUCCUUCAAGUUUUGUUAUCGCCGCCCGUCUAUCUUUCUGUGGAACCUGGGGAAGAGGAAUUGUCAAUCUACGCUGUUGUGAAAUUUGUCUUUGUUGCCUGCCUGCGCUGGUUCGCUUUUUGCCGCUCCUUCAUCUACCGCCGAAGCAAAUCUACGAUCCUUACCGACUUUAGUUGUGUCAAUAUACCAGGACUCUGUGACCUGCCCUGUGCUAAUACGACAACAACCCCUUGGAAACGACAGACUCUCUCGGUCGCAUCUCGCCGCCUCCUCUCUUCACCAAUGCGACGAUAAAGUUAUCAUCCUAUUUACAAGCCUACGACCCACACGAAGCGAACUUGGCCUUUAAGCCAAUAUGCUGGCGUCCCCACCAGCGAUGAAUGGCGAUCAUGGACCUAUGUUGGAUAGAAACAACAUUAUCAAUGUAAGAGAUGGAGAAUCCCUCUACCAGAUAUGUAUCAAACUACGCCGCCGCCUAUCGGGCGUGCCUGGAUUUCGCCCGUACCUGGAAGAGAUGGAGGAGCGCGAGGCCGAAGGAUCUGAUCCUGUGUCCUCGCUCUGGCAGUGCUUCCGGAGUGGCCUGCCGUUGCUGACCAUAUACAAUGCUUCCAACCCGGAGGAAGGUGACCUCCGGGUAGACACCAAACGACCUGAAAGAGUAGGAAAAGAGGCUGCCUUCCUCUUCAUCAAGGCCUGUAUGCAACAAAUGGAAAUCCCUGCCGCCGACACUUUCACCGUCACAGAUCUUUACAGCGACAACACGACCGGGUUCGUGAAAGUCACCAAACUAAUCAAUAGAGUGCUGGACAUAUUGAAGCUGAGCGGGAAGUUACAUCCAUCGACGGAUAGCGAAGGUUCUCGCGAUGGUGCCGACAGCGCUCUGAACGUUGCUGAUCAGGCACCCAAGACGUUGACGAGGAGGCAACACAUUCUCAAAGAAUUAGUAGAGACAGAGCGGCAAUAUGUGCACCAUUUGCAAAAUUUGCAAACCUUGAAAAAGGAAAUGGAAGAAGUGGGCGCCUUGACUGGUGAUGCUAUCCAUAAUAUAUUCCUCAACCUGAACAACCUUCUGGAUUUCGCGCAGCGGUUUUUGAUCCGAAUAGAGCAACAGAACGAGACUCCCGAGGAGCAACAGAACUGGGGUCGACUCUUCGUCCAUUACAAGGAUCCCUUCAGACAGUAUGAGCCAUUCAUUGCAAACCAGAGAAGAUGUGAAACCACAUGUCAACAGGAGUGGGAUAGAAUGGUUGAAAGAGCAAAGUCGCCAUUGGCGCAGCAAAUGUUGGCAAAUCCGACCAUCUUGAAUGGUUUCCUCCUGAAGCCAUUCCAGCGCCUGACCAAGUACCCGUUGCUAUUGAAGGAUCUGCAAAACCAAACCUCUGACAACCUGCUCAAGUCCGAUAUCUCAGACGCAAUAGCAAUCAUCCAGGAUGUAUUGAUGCAAGCAGAUGCCUCGAUCGACAAAGAGACUAGAGAUGAUGCUCUUCAAGAUUUAACAGAGCGCGUCGACGAUUGGAAGCAAAUGAACAUCGCCAGCUUCGGCGAGCUUCUACUGCUCGGCACGUUCAAUGUCACCAAAGAGAGCGCCAUCCGAUCGGACGAGAAGGAAUACCACAUCUACCUUUUCAGCCGCAUUCUCAUCAUGUGCAAAGAUGUCAAUGCUAACAAACCCAAAAACAGGUUGGCAAACAAUAAGCCCUCAUUAAGUCGGAAUGGAAAGCCCAAGAUGAAUCUCAAAGGACGCAUUUAUUUCACAAAUGUCAUCAGCGUCACAUCGCACACAAGCCCUGGAAGUUACUCGCUGCAAAUUACGUGGAAAACCGAAGCCAAUUCCCCGGAUAUAUUCAACAUCAAGUACAAGAAUGAUGAAACGCUGCAAAAAUGGCAUACUAUGAUUGAGACGCAACGUUCGUCGUGUAUGCUGGAAUCGAGAACCACCGGCACUACCUCCGAUACUCAGCUUUUAUCACUACAGGGAAUGAAUAUGGAGAAUCCGUACAUUGGCAAAGAUGACGACGACGAUGAUUAUAGCAGAAUCUCCGGGACCACUUAUGGGGGCACUGAUGCAACAGGAUAUUCCGAGUUCAACAUGAGCAGAAAUGCUUCAAGCACGAGUUUGCGCUCCCGGUCUGCCACCGGAGGCAGCGGAGGAAGUAAUCCCCAUUUGUCCGCCGGCCGUAUGCGGGUGCCAACGAGUGAGUUGGGAGGGUUGUCGUUGAAUACGCGUGGUUUGCCAAUUCAGUCUCCCCAAGAUUCUUACGGUAGUUCAUAUUUCUCUCCCAUUGAACGAGAUUCGACACCACAAUCGACAAUAUCAGCCCGCUCAAGUUCGCAAUCUGCCUUUUCUGGCUAUCAUCGAGGAGCGACUCCGGUCAGCGGUGGCGGCCAGCGACCUGAGGAAUCGUACAGGAACACUGCCCCAGCCAUGGCCCGAAAUCCCAACGGCCAGCCGAGUGGCAAUCCUUAUCUGGUGAAUGGUCGACGGGGUCCUCCACCGGGUCCUGGACAGCCGCGCAUGCGCUCUGCAAGUAGCCCUGAUGUACACCCUCUGGUGCAGCAAAGCCGCAAAUACGUGUCGGGUGAGCAUGCCCCAAGUGUUCCUCCGAUUCCAGCGCAUGUGGCCAAACAGAUGGCACCUCCAGCCAGGAGCCAGAACAAUUCCCCAAACAAUGGUCCACCGUCCCGGCAAGGCACGCCCCAACAAUAUGGCCUACCUCAGGCACCACGCCCGGGCAUGCCGAAUUCAAACUAUACCUAUGACAAUAGCUAUGGGAACGAUCCGAGACGCCCCGGCCAUGCCCCAUCAUUGUCACAGAGUCAAACAUUCUCUCCCCCAGUGUCAUCUCCUUCUAGUGACGGAGACGGCUAUAUACCGAGUCAGCUGAAAGCCAAAGUAUGCUUUGACGAAAACUACGUCUCUAUGAUCAUUGCCACCAAUAUCCAAUUCCGGUCGUUGGCUGAUCGCAUUGAUGCUAAAUUGGCGAGGUUCACCAAUCAUUCGAUUGCGUCCGGGUCGGUACGACUGCAUUAUCGUGAUGAGGACGAUGAUCUCAUCUUGAUCGACAGUGAUGAAGCUGUACAUGAAGCAUUGUUGGAUUGGCGUGAAACACACGCUUCAAACGCAGCUAACCCGCAGAAUGCAGAAUUAUUGUUGUAUGCGCAUGCAGUCAACCGCGAUGGGGUUGCAGGUUGAACAGAGCGUGCUAUGAUGUCGCAUAACUACUGUAGCACUACAGCGCCUAGUGCAAAUCAACCGUCGAGACCCGUGUCGCAUCACUAGUCGUCCAAGCGUGGACGUCAAACAGAAGACCUUGUGCUGUCGAUAUGGCUACACAGAUUCGCCAUGACAAGGUCAAAAGAUGCGGGUGGUUCGACGGCUCAAUUACUUUGAAACGAGAUACGAAGUGACGGAUUACGAAGUUGGAUAUGGAUAAGUACAUGGGAUAUGGUUAAGUUUAGAACAGCAGGACAUUGUGAAGAGGGCGUGUUCAUGCGUGAGAAAAUCACGUAAGAGUCCGCGUAUAGAGAAAGACAAGAACUGUUGGCUGUUAUACACCACGUAGGAGCUCAAGCAUGUUGAUGUUGACGAUGUCGAGAGUCGACAGUUAUACGCAGAAACUACAAGUCGGUUGCAGUGGAUAGCAACGAGGAGGUAUACUAUUUUGCAUCAAAGAACAAAAAACUCUGGAAGUUUCCUG